CAAUGUUGCAUAGGGAAAUUGGCUGUGGCAAAGGCACAUGAAUUGGGGGUUGGAAAGGUGAACCACAAGCUAGGGUUUGCACAGCUAUAUGGAAUGUCAGAGGCACUUUCCUUUGGUUUGAGCAAUGCAGGGUUUCAGGUUAGCAAGUACAUGCCUUUUGGGCCAGUUGAAAUGGUUAUGCCUUACCUCCUCAGAAGGGCUGAAGAGAAUAGAGGGCUCUUAGCUGCUUCAGGCUUUGAUAGGCAACUUAUGAGAAAGGAGUUGGGGAGG